AUGGCCGAGCAGCAGGUCCAGAUUACCGACCUUGACCCGCAGCAGCUGCAGGAGGUCAAGAAGCAGCUCGACGAGGAGCUCGACCACCUGACCAACUCGUUUGGCCAGCUCAAGCAGGCGCAGGCCAAGUUCCGCUCGUGCAUGUCGGACAUUGAUGAGCUCACUCCCGCGACGACCGACAAGGAGGUGCUCAUCCCGCUCACCUCGUCGCUGUACGUCCCCGGCAACCUGGGCGACGUGAGCAACGUCAUCGUCGACGUCGGCACGGGCUACUACGUCAAGAAGACCCGGGCAGAGGCCAACUCGCACUACAAGACCAAGGCCGACUUUGUGCAGCAGAACCUGGACACGCUCCAGAAGACGAUCGAGCGCAAGCAGGAGAACGCCCAGAGCGUCGUGCAGGUCAUGCAGAUGAAGCUCCAGGAGCAGCAGCAGCAGCCGCAGAAGGCCUAG